AUGCCAGUGAGCCGACAUUUGGUAUUAGCUACUGUUACUGGUUUCCCUGACACACAAUUUAUCUACCCUUGUUGUCUCUGUUGCUAUACGAAGCUAUUGAAGGAUCAAAACAAAGAUUGCUGGUUGUGCUGUAAAUGUGGGCAGUCCUGCAGGAGUGACGAGGUGGAAUGGCGUUACCGUUUAGCUCUGACCAUUACAGAUGGGGACAUCAUUGCCAGUGUCUGUUUGUUUGGGAGCAUGUUAAACCAGUUCUUUGGUACCACUGCUACACAGUUUAAAAGGUACAUUGACAGACUUAAAUCAUCAUGUGAUCGCUCUGACCAAAUGCUGAAGCAAGCUGUAGAGCAGUCCUUCAUUGGUCACACCUAUUACUUUGGCUUCAAGACGACAGGUACCAUCAACAGACAAGGUCCCAAUGUCACUCUCAGACAGAUUGUUGGCAAUUUAGAACCAAAAUGUCAGAUGUCUCAUGAAAAUCUCUCUCAUAUUGUUGCCUUUCAGAUCUUACCAUCUACAUCUGCAACCCAGACAACUGUUCUAGAGCUCAUGCAUGUAGAUUUACAAAACAAAUCAUCACAUUUGACUGAAAGAUCAUCAUUUCAAUACGGAGGGGCACUUUUGAUCAAGGAACAAGAAAAUACUCCUGUUAAAUAUCAUGGAACAAGGAAUGACCCAUGUACAAUUUCUUGGGAUGGUCGCAGAUCUGGCCACAGUGAUAACACUUCUACUCUUUCUCCAAGUUAUAUCUCGGCAUGUAAUUCAUCAUUUGGCCAGGAGACAGCACUUCUUAGUUGUGAUAUGUCGCAGUCGGUUAGUCAUAUUUCUUGUGCGAACUUGUCACAGCAUAACAGUAAAACUACAUACAAUGAAAAUUUAACCAAGGGUCAUCAUCAUGAAUUUGAUACUCUUGGUAAAGUUGAAACUGACCACAGCCCUUCAGGUAGAAAUAUUUGUGCUGAAAAUGCUCCAGACUUUCUGUUUACAGACAAAUCAUCUUCAUUUUCAUUAUCAUUUGGUAAACAGGGAACAUCAACUUCUCCUGAACUUGCAGAGUUACGAUCACAUAGACUCGACAGUUCUGGAUAUAGCUCAUUGUUAAAAAGUUCAGCGAGUCUGGAAGGAAACUCCAAAGAGAUGUUAGUGAUGAACAAAGAAAAUACCACAGAUGAAAAAAGUUGUUUAAAGAUGGAAGUAGAAAAGGAGAGUGAUCCUUUUACUGGAUCCCUGAACAGCAGUUCUGUUUUACUGGCCUGUAACAUUUUUGCAACCAAGACUGAACCUUUGGUACAAUCAGAUUAUUAUGAUAGAAGAUCAGCAAGAAGCAUGCAUCUAAUCUCAAAAAAUCAUAAUCGGACCUCAAAGUCGCCUUUAGCAAAUAUAAGCAAUCUGUCAAAUAAAUGCAAGGACCGUUUCCAAGGGAACUUCAAUACAGAAAACGGAAUUAAGGACAGAUUUGAAAAAAUCACAUCCAGUAAAACAAGCAGGAAUACACAACAGAAAUGUGAUAACAGAGAUAGCAUGUUUAGUAAAGAAAGCACUUCAGAUCAACAAAUAAUGACUGAUAGUGUUGUAGGGUCAGUAGAGAAAAUAAAAACAUCCAGACUGAUCAUGACAAAUGAUGAUCAAGAUACAGUUGGAAUUGAAGAGAUACCUAUUUUAGUUGCAGACCAAAUACACAAUAAUAAUCAUCGCACAGUAUUUCCAGAAUCUGAGGACAUGUGGGCAUACCUGACUGAUGAAGAAGACUUUGAUAAUGUAGGAACCAUGGGAAAGUCACUAACUAAAAUACAAUCAAAGGGAGAUAAUUACAUCACUGGAAAAUUGAGUAUCAAUGUUUACAAAAACAAAAGGACAGAUUCACCGGAGGAAGAUUCCGAUGAAACAUUUGCAGAAUGUUUUGAUCCUGAAUUUUUAGAUUUGGUUGACUAUGCUACAGAUGUUGAAGUCAAUUCGAAUAAGAUGGCUUCUUAUUCAAAAGAAAACAUUGGUGGAAAAACUUACUGUUCUCAUGAAGAAAUUGAAACUGCAGGAAGGCUAGAUUCUAAUUACUAUAUUAAUAAAGACCCACAAAAUUCAGGGGAAGACGUCAACAUUGAAGCACAUCAUUCUACAGAAAAGAUUGAUACUGAUAAACAAAAUUUCAAUGAAAAGAGUGACAUUGGCAAACACAAUAAUGAUAAAGAAGUUGACUCAAGGACUAAUGAUUCUGAUGAAUACCCUUACUCUGGUUCACGGCACUCUGUUGUAAAUAAUGACAUCAAGAACUCGGAUGGAGACGUAAAUAUAGUUACACAAAAUUGUUAUGAUGAAAUCAGCUCUGUAGAAACAAGCAAUAUUGACAAUAAGACAGACAGGCCAGGUACAGAUGAUUCUGAUGAAGUACUUCACACUGCAGGAACAUUUAAUAGUAAUGAAGAAAAAAACAAUGAGGAUAUAAGUGAUUCUCAAGAAAAUGGAGUGGUGCUUUUAACCUCCUCGAAAACUUUUACAACAAUUUCAUCUGUCCCUGAGAAACAUCCAUCCGAUGCAAUGUUAGACAACCCUGAGUCAGUAAUCAAUCCAAUUGGAAGACUUGAAUCUUUGCCUGAUUCUGAGGAUCUGUAUGCAUUUCUGGACAGUACAUUUAGUGAUGUGACAGAAGAGCUAAGUUUGAAGACUACUGCUCUUACCUAUGUUCUUCCUGAAAUGACUGAAGGGAAAGGUGAACACAUAACUGAAAAGGGAGAGAUAAGUGAAGAUUUUAGUAAAAAGAAAGUCCAGGAUAUCAAAGCAACUCCUCAAAUCAAUAACGACAGCAAAGAUUGUUGUCAUAAUCUCAAUGAUUUGAACUUUGAAGGUGAAAUUGAGAAUGUGAGGACAUCCGGAUUUAAAAAGGAUACUAAAGGAGGAAAUGUUUGUGUCCUGCCGUCAAGUGAUGAAACUAUAGAACAGAUGGAGGAUAUUUUUGAGGAAUCUUUUGAUGGAGAAGAAACAAGAAAUGAAGAAAAUGUACAUUCCUGCAGCCAGGAAACCAUACAUAUACAGUGUCACCCACAUGAAACUGACUCUAUCAAAAACAAAACUUUGCAAUCUGCCUCAAAAUCCUGUCAGCAAUAUUCUUAUUCAGAAAAGAACAAGUUUCUUUUCAUGGAAGAAACAGCUGAUUCUUCUUGUGGCAGUGCUAAUAUAUCAAAGUGUGCCUCUGGAUUAAGGGACAAAGUUAGCAAUUAUACCCAUCACAAUACAAAGAACACCCAUCAUGGAACAGAUAGCUCCCAUCAUGAAACCAAGGACUGGAUUUACUAUCAAGAAUGUCAAGAUCCUAACGAUCAAGAUCCUUGUAGUAAUCCUAUUCACGAUAAUCACAGUCAAGAUCUUCAGGGUAACGGUACAUGUAAACGUCCCGAUGAUCAAGAUUCUUCUGGCAGCUGUCUGAGUCAAGAUCAACGCUGUGUGUCAGAAGGAUUGUCUUCAAGCUUCAAUACAUCAACAGAUCUUUUCGGAAGCUCAGACAAUGAUAGUGUUGCACUAUGUAAUGAUACCUACUCACAGUUGUCAACUUAUAGCAGUACUGAAAUUGUUCCAAACAUAGCUCAAGGGGAGACAACUAGCUCAGGUGUUAAUAGCCCAGUAAAGGAUAAAGAACAAGAAAAAGCUGGAAUGCCUGGAACCCAGGACCUCUUCACUCCCAGUCCUGUGCAAAUGUCUGACAGUGCAAGCUCCGAUUUCAUACUGGGAAGUGCUAGUUAUAACAGACUGAAUAAAAAGUUCAAAUUUCCUACAUGGAAAUCUUCACAUUGUCAAACAUUUGUGUCUACACCUCUUGAUAGUUAUAGUGAAAAAUUGUGUUCUAUGGAUAAAGAACUACCUAGACACAUGUCUCAACAUUUAUCACACAGUCAUGGAAAUUCUACAGUUCAAACAUCUGCCUCUUUAUUUCUAGACAGCUUUAAUGAAUUGCAUGUUAUAAAUACUUCAGAACAUGCAUUAGAAAAUCCUAGCUCACAGGAAAAUUAUUCACAGAGAACAGCAAGUAGCAGUAAAAGGAAAGACAUGAGCCCUGUACUUAUGGAGUUUACUGACCAGGUCAAGGGAGAUAACCACAUACCAACAGGGGACAUAACUCUUGACACAGGGUCACCUGACUUGUUUGGAACUUCAAAUAUUUCUGCUUGUAUAAGUAGUGUCAGAUCAGAAAGAAAAGUUAAAAGUGUGACUGUUGCCAAAAGUUUUACUUUUCCAGUAAAAAGACUUUUCUUAGAUUGA